GACAAAAAAAAAAAAAAAAAGUGUUUGGUGUAGCGACUGCGGUAACUUCCCAUUUCAGCGUUCAGAGUUCAUUUCCCCCGAGCAGCAGCGGUGCGCAGACUGCCCCUCGGAGCUCGUGUGACUUGUGACAGCGAGGCGACAGUUGACGUGCGUGUGAGAGAUACGUCAAUAUUCCUCGACUAAGGCUGAGAUAAUAACAGCAUCAACAACAACAAUAACAACAACAACAACGACGACGACGAAACAAUAUAAACAACAACGAAGACAGUACCAACAACGCUAUUAGCACCAACAUUAAGAAAAACACCAACAACAACUACAACUACAAUAUCAACAACAACAACAACAACAACAGCAACGUUCAACCUCACUACUCCUACCACCACCAUCACAUCACCUUAAUUUUGACCACCACCACCAACAGCAACAAAACACCACUACCACCACCACCACCACAACCACCACCACUACCACCAGCAACACAAAUAAGAUGGAAGUGGACAGCUGGCAAGAGCAACAGGUGGAGGAGCAGGGAGGGCGACAAGACACGGGGAAGGCGCGUGAAGGGAACGUGAUGGACGGAAGAGAAAGAAUCUAUAAGAGAACCCAACAGAAGCAAAUGGAAGGAGCAAGACUGAGGAGAAAACACAGAGCCAUUGCAGCAAAGAAUCAAGAGGAGAUCAUGACGAAGAAAAAUGGAAAUCAGGAAGAGGGAAGACGUGAAAUGGACCUUUGCUCUACUUCUGAAGGGGACGCUGCAGAAGGAAGUCAAAAUAACAUGUCUCACGAAGGCGGAGAGGAACAACAAGGAGACACUGGAAAGAUAAAGAAAAGCAGAGGAAAGAAGAAGCCUCGUCCUCCUCCUUCAGAAACAAAUAUGGGAAGGAAGCUCGGCCAAAACAACGAAAGGUGUAAGAAAAAAAAGAAACACAGUAAGAGACCACGUCUGGAGGAAGAUGCCGAGGGAGACUUUGAGGAAUUUUCUAGGAGGGAGAGAUUGGAAAGCAAGAAAGAAGGAAUGGAAAAGAAAAGCCAGGAGGAAAUGCAAGACGUGGAGAAGCAGUUUGAAAUGUGUCCAGAGAGUAGGUAUAAGUGUAUUUUGGAUCCUAAAGAGCCGUGGCCGCGCUGCAGUAGUGCGGAGGUGUCCCCAGCCAUAGGGAAGCAGGUGCCCACCGUCACCGGAACACCUUCAGACAUGACGAAUCAGCUGGACGCCAAGCUGCCGCGGAAGGUGAGCGAUGAUGAAGUCGGAUCGGCCAGCAAGUGUGAUUCUGAGACUGGAGAAGAAAAGUUGAUAGACAGCAGCCAGACGUGCAGUGAUGGCGAAGGUGUCUGUACUGGCAGCCCUGAAGAUCACUCGGGUCCUGCCACCAGUCACCCUCGCCGCCGCAUCCCGACCACAGUAUCCAUCUGGGCACUGCCUGUAGAGGAGCCGAGCUCCGUGAAGCUCACUGCCGUCAAGCCACAGGAUAUUGUGAGCAGCAGCUUGAUGGAGGUCACAGUAGCUGGCUUGCGUGGCGAGUACGGCUCUGUCACGGACCCGCGCCUCGGGCACAUGCAGGUGGACUCAGCCACCAAGUGCUUCACCUGCGACAGUCCCGACUGUCUGGGCCACAGCGGCUACAUUGACCUUCGGGAAUAUGUCUUUCAACCAGCCUUCAUGACGCGCUGCGUUCAAACGCUGCGCAGGCUGUGCUACCACUGCCUGGGCCCCGCCGUGCUUUGUCAGCGGAAUUUCAACAGAAUGCGGAAGGCCUUGGCGGCACAGCGACGGCAGUCUAGGCUCACCAAGAUGUGGCAGCAGCUGCAUGGCCGCGCCUCUGAACCAGUGCAGAAGUUCAACCCGCAUUUGUGUACCAAGAAGCAACCCAAGUACCGCGUGGUGGUGCGAGAGGGCGUGAAGACAGUGGAGGUGGUGUUGGUCGGGAAGGAGCAGAGAGCGGUGGAGCUGUCGGCUUCAACCAUCAGGGCGAUCUUCGCAGAAGUGUCCAAACAAACGUGGCAGUUCCUGGGAAUGAGAGACCCCUCUGAUGAAGUAUUCAUCAGGUACCUACGCGUGUGUCCCGCCUCGUUCAGGACAGGCACCAUGGUGGAGGAUCGCCUGGCCCCCAGCCGUCUCACCGUCCUCUACAACAACGUGGUCACGCUCAGGAACCAGCUGGACGUCACCGCCCAGCAGAUCAAGAAGGUUAUGGCGGGCCAGGAUGAAGUGGUGAGGAGUGGUGUGCACAUGUUGCUCAGCAAUCUAAUAGACGCUCUCAUCUCCCCCGGACAGCACCCCGAUGCCCCUGCAGCUAUUCUAGAUAAAGAACGAGGAGCAGCCGGCGCGGGCGAGGAAUACAUCAAGGAGGGAAACGUUGCUUGUGAAAAGGCAAAUUCUACCUCUAAUGGUCCGUGCAAAUACGAGGUGUCCAUCCUUGACGCUCUUCCUGAAUGUGUGAACUUCACAGGUGAUGCUCUUACAGACAUGGCCAUCACCUCUGAAGGCGAGAUGGAAGGCGCAAAGAAGAAGAGCUCUGAGCCGUACAGCUUGGAUAGUGGUGGAAGUGUGGAGGACUCAAAGACAAACAAAGCUGUUGCAUUUUCGAACCCACCGACAGUCUGCGAGUGGCUGCUGCCCUCAGACGACGACCAUGAAACUGACUCAGCAGAGCGCGAAGAGCAGAAAGUAAUGUGUCAGAAAACAACAUGCAAGGAGAAAGACAACAGCAAAGAGAAAAUGGAGUAUGGUGAUAGAGCGAGGAGGGAGGAAAGACUGCGCCUCACGAGGCACCAGGUGCAGGAGGUGGCGGCGAAGGUCUCUACGCUGCACCAGCGAGCCAGGAAGCAGCUACUCGCCCUCACCGCUGCCGUGGCCGCCAUCGUGCAGGAGCAGAUGUCAAGGAUUUCCGGCAAGCAGGGCGUGGUACGUCACCAUUUGCUGGGCAAAAGAAUCAACAAGUGUGCCCGAGCAGUGUUCACUGGCGACAACUCCCUUCCCCUGGGUGUGGUGGGAGUGCCCCGCACCAUCGCCGCCAAGCUGCUUCAGUACGUGCACGUGCACCAGAGUAACCUCAAGGAGUGCGAGGAGAUGGUCCGUCGCUUUCCUGAAUAUCCCUGCGUGGUGUCCGUGAUCCGCGGGGAGCGCCGCUACGACGUAAACACGCUCAGGGACAAGAUGGCCAAGCUUGGCGACCUCGGCUGGUGUUCUUUUCGCCUGCAGACGGGGGACGUGGUGCAGCGCCACCUGAUGGACGGUGACCAGGUGGUGGUGAACCGGCAGCCGACCCUUGCCAAGACCAACAUGCAGACCCACGCGGUGCGCGUCACGGACUCUCGCACCAUCAGUCUCAACAUAUCCAUCACGGACAACUAUGCUGCAGACUGUGACGGUGACGAGAUGAACCUGUUCGUGCCGGGCGUGAAGAGCCACUCGAGUCGCAUGCUGGAUGUGAGCCACAACGUAAUCUUCUUUAAGAAUGGGAAGGUGUCGCUGAAGAUCAAGCAAGACGCCUUACGCGGCGCGUACACGGCCAGUCUGCGGGACACCUUCUUCACUCUGGAGGAAUUCAGGGCCCUGGCGCCCAGCAGCAGCCACUUGCCGCCUCCUGCGCUGCUCAAGCCACAUCGCCUGUGGACAGGGUUACAGCUGUUGUCCCUCGCCUUGCCGGUGAGCCUCACCGUGGACCAGGUGGGUGUGGGCAUGCAGCUGGACACCCUGGUGGUGCGUCAUGGUCACAUGCUCUCUGGAGUGUUUGAUAAAGGCGGUCAAGACAAGAUUCUUGAAUGUUGCAAGAUGUUCCUCAGCCACGAUGUCAUCUUGGCCACCGUGAAGGACCUGCAGGGCAUCGCCGAGAGGUUUGUGGACGAGGUGGGAGGCACUGGGUUUUCCUUCCUGCCCGAGGACUGGUCCUGUCCCGCCGACACGCUUGACGCGAUGCGGCAGGAGCUUCAGGACGUCCUGAGCCGCGCCCAGAACAUCACGUGUCCCCGGAGGCGGAACGCCAAGCUGCGCCAGCUGCUGGCGAACCAAGCGAAUAGGCUUGUGCCGCAGCUGACGAAAGACAGCAGCGCGGCGGCCAUGCUCAAGGCGGGCUCCAAGAAGAGGCCCCAGAAGCUGGCGCAGGUGUGCCUGGCGGUGGGCCAACACAAUGAAAACGAUCAGCUCCCAGCCAGACACCUGGACGGCCGCCGCGUGUUGCCUUUCUUCAGCAGGGACGACACUCGGCCGCAGGCGGAGGGCUUCGUAGACCAGCCGUUGUUUGGUGUGGGCUCCAUCACGGCUGACGCGCUCAGUGGCAUGGUGGCGCGUAGCUCCUCGUACAAGAAGCAUUGCGCCACGGGGGAGAGCGGCUACCUGCAGCGAAAGCUGGGCAAGAUGAUGGAAGACCUGACGGUGCGUCACGACGGCACGGUGAGAGACGCCAACGACGAAAUUGUGCAGCUGUUGUACGGCGAUGAUGGCCUGCUGCCAGAAUGCUGUGUCGCUGUUAUGCUGCAAACAGAACCCCUACCUAACCACGUGGCUGACUUUUACCAAGGGCUCAUCGGCGACCAAAGCCUGACAGCUCUAGAACAGUUGCUGCUGAAGGAGGAGUUGCAGUCCCUGUUGGCUGACCAGCAGUGCCUGAGAAAGGAGACAAAGGACAACCACGUCGAAAUUUCUGUGCCCUUCAGCCUGCCGCAUCUGAUGGCUCACGUGCUGGCCACUGUCCCCGCCUCUGGCCCGCCGCCCUCCAUCAUCGACGUUGUGAAAGGCCGCAGCAAGUUUUUCGCUUUGGUGGAAGAUUCAAUCGAGAAAGUACUGAGGGAUGAGUUGCCAGGUCCGCCGUUCCCCUGCGUCAAUGGCGACAUAUUACCCGAUGUGGACGUGAGCCGCGAGCUGGAGAGGGCUGCGCGGAGCUCGGAGCAGCGGCUGGUGAGGGACCCACUGGACCUGCUGAAGCGGUACGUGAGGCAGCACGUGAAUACAUUCAUCAUCCGCAAAGCAACCUUCAGCAAGCAGCAAUUCUGUGCCCUGCUGGAGACCAUGACAGAGAUGUACCAGGAGAGCCGGCCAGCUGCUGGGGAGUGCGUGGGGGCCCUGGCCGCCCAGGCCCUGGCCGAACCCCUCAUGCAGAUGACACUGAAUGCUUGUCACCGCGCCGCCGUGGCCUCAGACGGGGACGCCAUCCCGCGCCUCACCGAACUCCUCAAUGGCCAUGCAGAGGAUACGCUGCUGGAGAUCCAGCAGGGUGGGCUACUGCACGCCCGGCAGUACCUGGUGCAGGAGAUCAGCCAGGUGUACUCCCUCUCCGGAGAGAGUGUGGACGCCCGUCACGUGCGUCUAGUGGUAGAUUACAUGCUGAAGGAAGGCGUGCUGAGCGGCUUCACCCGCCACCACAUCUCCCCGCAGGUCAGCUUCCUCAAGGCCGCGGCCUUCGAGCAGCCUCUCAGUCUCCUGCAGCGUGCUGGCGUGCGAGCGCGCAGCGACGACCUCCGUGGCGUCAGUGAGAAUCUCAUAUUCGAUAAGGCGGUGACCGUGGGACCCCACGCCUGCAGCGCCAUGGUGUGGGUGGACCUGCUGAGAGACGUGUGCCCGACCACGCCACCGCGACACCCGCCGCCACGCCCACGGACACACCAAGACGACGAACCCUCAUAUGAAUUCAGUUCCCCUCUCGAGGCCGUGAGUGACUGAAGGCGACGACGACAUCUGGAUCUGGACGAGGCACAACUCACGGAGCAGAGCCCGGGGCAGGCCAGGGGAAGUGAGUGCCGAUCCCCGCGCUGGACUGACGAGUGAUGAGGGCACCGGGAGGGAAUCAGGGGCGCUGGUGGGCGGCAAUUUUGCUCUGUAGACCAGUGUGUUGCUUGAGGAUAUUUACAUGUCUCUAAGUAGUGAGGAAUGAAGGGUGCUGAAUAUUAUACUUCUGUUAUGGAUUUCUCUUAUUAAAACUUUGAAUAUAUUUAUUUUUCAUUAAUAAACACUGAUUUCGUUGA